UUACCCAUGGCUACUUAAUGAGAGGCCUGGAACCACCAUCACUUACACUGAAACACAUUGUAACAACUUACAGACUAUACUCUGACAUCAGAACAAAACAUAAUAUACCUUCCAACAUAGCUGAAGCACUUUCAGAUGACGAAGAAAAGAUAUAAAAAGUGUUUGAAUUUAUAAAAGACAU